AUGAGGUCAGAAGCCUUGCUGCUAUAUUUCACACUGCUACAUUGUGCUGGGGCUGCUUUCCCAGAAGAUUCUGAGCCAAUCAGUAUUUCGCAUGGCAACUAUACAAAACAGUAUCCGGUGUUUGUGGGCCACAAGCCAGGACGGAACACCACGCAGAGGCACAGGCUGGACAUCCAAAUGAUUGUGAUCAUGAACAGAACCCUGUACAUUGCUGCCAGGGACCAUAUUUAUACUGUUGAUAUAGACACCUCACACACAGAAGAAAUUUAUUGUAGCAAAAAACUGACAUGGAAAUCUAGACAGGCUGAUGUAGACACAUGCAGAAUGAAGGGAAAACAUAAGGAUGAGUGUCACAACUUUAUUAAAGUUCUGCUGAAGAAAAAUGAUGAUACUUUGUUCGUCUGUGGAACUAAUGCCUUCAACCCUUCCUGCAGAAACUAUAAGAUGGAUACUUUGGAACCUGUGGGUGAUGAAUUUAGCGGAAUGGCCAGAUGCCCUUACGAUGCCAAACAUGCCAAUAUCGCACUGUUUGCAGAUGGAAAACUAUACUCUGCUACAGUGACAGACUUCCUUGCCAUUGAUGCAGUCAUCUACCGGAGUCUUGGAGAUAGCCCAACCCUACGGACCGUCAAGCAUGAUUCAAAAUGGUUAAAAGAACCGUAUUUUGUCCAAGCGGUAGAUUAUGGAGACUACAUCUACUUCUUCUUUAGGGAAAUAGCAGUGGAGUACAACAGCAUGGGAAAGGUAGUUUUCCCAAGGGUGGCUCAGGUUUGUAAGAAUGACAUGGGAGGGUCUCAGAGAGUCCUGGAGAAGCAGUGGACUUCUUUCCUGAAGGCUCGCCUCAAUUGCUCGGUUCCCGGGGACUCCCAUUUUUAUUUCAACAUCCUGCAGGCAGUUACCGACGUGAUUCGUAUUCAUGGCCGUGAUGUUGUCCUGGCAACCUUCUCCACACCUUAUAACAGCAUCCCUGGGUCUGCAGUGUGUGCCUAUGACAUGCAUGACAUCGCCAAUGUCUUUACUGGGAGAUUCAAAGAACAGAAGUCUCCAGAUUCCACAUGGACACCAGUUCCUGAUGAACGCGUGCCUAAGCCCAGGCCAGGCUGCUGCGCCGGCUCCUCCUCCUUAGAAAAAUACACCACCUCCAAUGAAUUUCCUGACGACACCUUGAAUUUCAUCAAAACGCACCCGCUUAUGGAUGAGGCCGUGCCGUCCAUCAUCAACAGGCCGUGGUUCCUGAGGACGAUGGUCAGAUACCGCCUGACCAAAAUUGCGGUGGACACCGCUGCUGGCCCAUAUCAGAACCACACUGUGGUUUUCCUGGGAUCCGAGAAGGGAAUCAUCUUGAAAUUCUUGGCCAGGACAGGCAACAGUGGUUUCCUAAAUGACAGCCUUUUCCUGGAGGAGAUGAGCGUUUACAAUCCUGAAAAGUGCAGCUAUGACGGAGUAGAAGACAAGAGGAUCAUGGGCAUGCAGCUGGACAAAGCCAGCAGCUCUCUGUAUGUUGCAUUCUCCACUUGUGUGAUCAAGGUUCCCCUUGGCCGGUGUGAGCGGCAUGGCAAGUGUAAAAAAACCUGUAUUGCUUCCAGAGACCCCUACUGUGGGUGGGUAAAGGAAGCAGGUGCAUGUGCUCAUCUGUCGCCCAGCAGCAGACUGACUUUUGAACAGGACAUAGAGCGUGGCAAUACCGAUGGCCUGGGGGAUUGUCACAAUUCCUUCGUGGCACUGAAUGACAUUUCAACUCCUCUACCAGAUCAUGAAAUGUCUUACAACACAGUGUAUGGGCACUCCAGUUCCCUCUUGCCCAGCACCACCACGUCCGAUUCGGCAGCUCAAGAGGGAUAUGAGUCUAGGGGAGGAAUGAUGGACUGGAAGGAGUCACGCGACAGCACAGACUCUUUGGGGGCAGUGUCUUCCCAUAAUCACCAGGACAAGAAGGGAGUGAUUCGGGAGAGCUAUCUCAAAGGCCACGACCAGCUCGUUCCUGUCACGCUCCUGGCCAUCGCGGUCAUUCUGGCUUUUGUCAUGGGGGCCGUGUUCUCGGGCAUCAUCGUCUACUGCGUCUGCGAUCACCGGCGCAAAGACGUGUCCUCCGUGCAGCGCAAGGAGAAGGAGCUCACCCACUCGCGCCGCGGCUCCAUGAGCAGCGUCACCAAGCUAAGCGGCCUCUUCGGGGACACCCAGUCCAAAGACCCCAAGCCAGAGGCCAUCCUCACGCCACUCAUGCACAACGGCAAGCUCGCCACUCCCAGCAACACCGCCAAGAUGCUCAUCAAGGCCGAUCAGCACCACCUGGACCUGGCUGCCCUGCCCACCCCAGAGUCCACGCCAACGCUGCAGCAGAAACGCAAGCCCAGCCGCGGCAGCCGCGAGUGGGAACGGAAUCAGAACCUCAUCAACGCCUGCACCAAGGACAUGCCCCCCAUGGGCUCCCCGGUGAUCCCCACGGACCUGCCCCUGCGGGCCUCCCCCAGCCACAUCCCCAGCGUGGUCGUGCUGCCCACCACGCGGCAGAGCUACCAGCACGAGUACGUGGACCAGCCCAAAAUGAGCGAGGUGGCGCCGAUGGCGCUGGAGGACCAGGCGGCCACCCUGGAGUAUAAGACCAUCAAGGAACAUCUCAGCAGCAAGAGUCCCAACCACGGGGUGAACCUGGUGGAGAACCUGGACAGCCUGCCCCCCAAAGUCCCCCAGCGGGAGGCCUCCCUGGGCCCUCCCGGGGCCUCCCUGUCGCAGAACGGCCUGAGCAAGCGGCUGGAGAUGCGCCCCUCCUCGUCCUACGGGCUGGACUAUAAGAGGAGCUACCCCACGAACUCGCUCACCAGAAGCCAUCAGGCCGCCACCCUCAAAAGAAACAAUACUAACUCCUCCAAUUCCUCCCACCUCUCCAGGAACCAGAGCUUUGGCCGGGGAGACAACCCGCCCCCCGCCCCACAGAGGGUGGACUCCAUCCAAGCGCACAGCUCGCCGCAGCCCUCAGGCCAGGCCGUGACUGUGUCGAGGCAGCCCAGCCUCAACAGCGCCUACAACUCACUGACCCGGGCGGGGCUGAAGCGCACGCCCUCGCUAAAGCCGGACGUGCCCCCCAAACCCUCCUUUGCCCCUCUUUCCACAUCCAUGAAGCCCAACGACGCGUGUACAUAA